CUAGCGACAACAUACAAUAUACACAAUAACUAAUAAGUUAUCUAUUCUAAAUUUACCAUGAAGUAUACAAUAUUUUUUGCAGGUGUUGUACUUUUUCAAUUGAUGAGCAUUGCUUUAUGUGACCAUAAAAAAUUAGUGUUAGAGUGUGCCAAAGAACUUGGAAUUACAGAAGCUAUGCUUAAAUUGGGUCAUGAUAAAAAUUUAUCAAACCCAAAAUUUCGUUGUUUUGACGCAUGUCUUAUGAAGAAAGAUGGUAGUCUUGAACCCGGUAAUAAGGUAAAUCAUGAAAAAUUAUUGUCACAUGCAAAACAGUUUUAUGGAGACAAAUUUGAUGCAGUUAUAAAAGCACUAAUCGAAUGUGAUAAAGCACAAAAAGCCAUUGCUGAUGAAUGUGAUUAUAUUAAUGCAAUAUAUGCUUGUGUAGUGAAGAAAGUUCCAAACAUUCCAGAUUAUUUCGAUGUAUAAUGCAAUGGACAACAUAUAGUUAUGGAAAAAAAACUAAAAAAAAAAGUUGGAAAGUAGAGAUUGAAGAAUAUAAAAAUUAUUUAAACUAAUACUAAAUAAUAAAAUGUAAUUUUUAAUAUAAUGUGUAAAUAUAUGAAUAAAUCGCUUAAAUGAGAUGUAUA